AAGAUGUAUUAUUACUAGUGGUGUUAAUGAUAGUGAUGGAAUUAGAAGGAUGGUGGUAGGAUGUUCCAUUAAUGUUAUUAUUAUUGGAAUUGAAUUUGGAUUAGAUGAAUUGGAAGAGGUUUAA